GGACCGGACUCUGCCUGGAGGCAGGCAGGCAGCCUGGCCUCCUCCUCCUUUUCCUUCCUUGGCUUUGCAGCCCGAGAAGAAGAGCCAGUCUCAGUCUGGCGGCGGCGCAGAGAGAGGCGGCAGCGGCAGCUCCAGCCACGUGCCCCGAGGAGCCUCUCUCUCUUCUGUUUGGAGGGGACUGCAGCUCCCAUCAUCCCCAGCUUUGGAAGCAGCCGGGCAGUGCCAAGGUCUCUGCUCCGGAGGAGGACUAGCGCUCUGCCAGGAGAAAAAGGAAAGCAGGAAAGACAGGAGGGAGAAAGAAAAGCAAGGGAGGAGAAGAAACUAAAGCCCGCCAGCCGAAAAGGAAGGAAAGAAAGAAAGAAAGAAAGAAAGAAAGAGAAGGAAGGAAGGAAGCUAGAAAGAAGCUAGAAAGAAAGCAAGGAAAGAAGGAAGAAAAGGAGCACGGAAGGAGAGAAGCAAGAAGGCAGGCAGGCAGGAGAGUCCUUUGCCGGAGGCUGGGCUCCUUCUCCCGGGGCGACUGCCGCUCCCAUCAUCCGCUGGCCUCCUCUUGGGGGCGAUGCUGGGCCCGGGGUCCCGGGGCCCCUGAGCGCCAUGGGGCUGCCAGGCUUGUGCGGGGUCCUCUCCUGGCUCCUGCUGCCCCUCUCCCUCUUGGCAGCAUGCCUCUUCCGGUUCAACGGACUCUCCUUAGUAUACCUUCUCUACCUCCUUCUCUUGCCGUGGUUCCUGAGCCCCACUGAAUGCACUAUAAAAGGUCACCCGGGGCGCUUCCUUCGCGCUCUCCUGGCCACCAGCAUCCUUUUCCUCCUUGCCCACCUGGUCUUCCAGGUAUGCCUCUACACUGUGCCCAGCUUCGACCAGCUGCUUGGACACAACUGCAGCACAUGGGAAACCCUCGCCCAGCACAUCGGGGUCACAAGGCUGGACCUGAACGACAUCCCCAACUCAGUGCGCCUGGUGGCCCCCGACAUUGGCAUCCUACUGGUCUCUGCCAUCUGCCUCGGUGUUUGCAGCCGCCUGACGCCAACGGAUAAACUGGCAACCAGGAGUAGCAGACGGUCCAUGUCCCACCAACUACAAGAACAAGAAGAAGCAGCUGUAGAUGAGGAGCAAUCCAAGCCCCAAGAAACUACAGAUGUGUCUGCUGAAGUCUCUCCGAGGCGGCAGGCUCGGCUAUCGACCCGGCUCCAGGUGACUGCGCAUUGGCUCUUGAUGGCAAUGGGAAAGAUCUUGGCCGUUGUGUUGUUGGCACUAGCAGGGAUCACCUUGCCCUCCGCCUUCUCCAGCGUGUACUACUUACUCUUUGUGGGACUUUGCACAUGGUGGGCAUGCCAUUUCCCCGUCAGCCACCUGGCCUUCAACACCUUGUGCAUCAUGAUCGACGUCUUUGCUGGGGGCCACCUCAUUUGCCUCUAUGGCUACCAAACCCCCUUCAUGCAGAAAGUCCUUCCAUCUGCUGGCAUCUGGGCACGGUUGUUUGGUAUGAAACCCAUCAUCCUGCAUGUGGGGUGCAGCAAGCCCAAUGCGCUUCUCCUCAACCUCAGCCUCCCUUGGCCCGUCUAUGUGAACCCCGGGAUAUUGCUUCUCCUCUAUUAUGUUUUGGCUACUCUGGUAAAGCUCCGCCGGUCCCACACUUAUGCACAGCGAAGAGACACUGAAAGCUCCACAUCUGAACUGCUGGAGCUGGAGAACUGGUCCCUGGAGCGAGAUGGCAUGGCCGAAGAUGCAAAGCCCAUGUUGAUUUGCGAAACAGAGGCUUCUGGUGCUGAGGCCGAGAACUGCACAGUCCAUGUGCUUCAGGAGUCUGAGCCGCCGGCCAGAAAGAAACAGAAGCACCGGAAGGAGAAGCUACAUCUGCUGCAUUCGCUCGGCCAUGUCAUCAUGAACCAGAGUUACGUCUGCGCCCUCAUUGCCAUGAUGGUGUGGAGCAUCACCUACCACAGCUGGCUGACCUUCGUCCUGUUGCUGUGGGCCUGCCUCAUUUGGAUUGUGAGGAACAGGCACCACUUUGCCAUGCUCUGCUCGCCCUUCAUCCUUCUCUAUGGCGUCGCCCUCUGCAGCCUGCAAUAUGUUUGGGGCAUGGACCUGGAGCCAGAGUUGCCCACCAGGGUGGGCUUCAUGCCCCUGGAACAGCUGGGGCUGGUGCGACCCCCGUAUCCCUGCCUGUAUUUGGGGGCCAAGCUGCUUUACACCUUGACCUUCUGGCUCCUGGUGCGGCAAUUUGUGAAGGAGAAGCUGCUGAAGAAGGAGGCACCUCCAUUGAUGGAGGUGACCGUUGCGGACUCAGGUCCUGGACACAAGCGGGACGUGCUGAAGAUCCUGGGGGCGUAUGUGAUGGGCUUCUAUGCAAAGUUCUGGAUCUUGGUUUGCGCUGGCAUGUUCAUUGUGGUCACCUUUGCUGGCCGCUUGGUGGUCUACAAAAUCGUCUACAUGUUCCUCUUCUUGCUGAGCCUCACCCUAUUCCAGGUGUAUUAUAGUCUCUGGAGGAAACUCUUGAAGGCCUUCUGGUGGCUAGUGGUAGCCUACACUAUGUUGGUGCUCAUUGCUGUUUACACCUUCCAGUUUGAGGACUUCCCCAUGUACUGGAGGAACUUCACCGGACUGACGGAUGAGCAGUUGGGUGACCUGGGUCUGGAGCAAUUCAGCGUCUCAGAGCUCUUCUCCAGCAUCUUCAUCCCAGGCUUCUUCCUCCUGGCUUGUAUCCUGCAACUGCAUUACUUCCACCGCCCCUUCAUGCGCAUCACAGAUUUGGAGCAUGUCCUUGCACCGGGACGGCAUGGCCCACGUGCAAUAGGGGAUGAAGAGAUGAGUGGGAGUCGGGUGUUGCUUCAAGCUGAGGAUGGAGAGGCUGAAGACCAUGCAGACCAUGAAGAUGAAGCUGAGGCUGGGUCUGGAGAGAGUGUGCCCAGCAAAUGGGGCCUGGUCCUGGAACGCUUGAUGGUGUUGGGGCGGAAGUUUUCGGACAUCCUUGGUCACUUCCGCGUCUUCGUGCUGCGUCUCUUGGAGCUGCACGUCCUGAAGCUGGUGGCCCUAUACAUCAUCUGGGUGGCUUUGCAGGAGGUGUCACUCCUGAACCUGCUGCUGGUGGUCCUUUGGGCUUUUGCCAUUCCUUACAGCAGCUUCUGCCACAUGGCCUCCUGCCUCUCCACUGUCUGGGUUUGCAUCAUCAUCGUCUGCAAGAUGCUCUACCAGUUGAACGUCGUCAACCCACAAGAUUAUCUCAGGAACUGCACCAAGCCUCUGCUUAACAGCACCAACCUCCAGCCGGAGGAGAUCGACAAUUCCACGCUCUACAAGGGACCCAUUGACCCUGCCAAUUGGUUUGGCAUCCGGAAGGGCUUCCCCAACCUUGGUUACAUCCAGAACCAUCUCCAGGUGCUGGUCCUGCUGGUCUUCGAAGCCAUUGUCUACCGCUGCCAGGAAUACUACCGCAAGCAACACCAGCUUCUGCCACCAUCCACCCAGACGGUCUUCGAAGAUGCCAGUCGUGCAAAUUUGGAUAAAGGCUUGCUGUACUGCAUCAAGUACUUUGUGAACUACGCCUUCUACAAGUUUGGGCUGGAGAUCUGUUUCCUGAUGACGGUGAACGUGAUCGGCCAACGCAUGAAUUUCAUGGUGAUCUUCCACGGCUGCUGGCUGGUUGUCAUCUUGACGCGGCGACAGCGGCACGCCAUUGCCAAACUCUGGCCCAAGUACUGCCUCUUCUUGGCUCUCUUCCUCAUCUUCCAGUACCUCCUCUGUGUCGGUAUUCCUCCGGAGCUCUGCCAAGACUACCCUUGGCGGUGGAGCCAUGCCAUCCCCAUCAACUCCGUCCUCAUCAAAUGGAUGUACUUACCUGACUUCUUCAUGAAACCCAAUUCCAUCAACCUGAUGAGUGACUUCCUGCUUCUGCUCUGUGCCUCACAGCAGUGGAAGGUUUUUGUCAACGAAGAGACAGAGGAAUGGAUACGGCUGGCCGGGGAUAACAAGGAACAUCUGGAAGGUCUGCGCGGAGAACCAAACCCUGUGCCCAACUUUGUCAAUUGCAGGUCUUACCUGGACAUGCUGAAGCUGUGCGUCUUCCGCUACCUCUUCUGGUUCGUCCUGGUCAUCGUCUUCAUCGCGGGCGCCAACCGCAUCAGCAUCUUUGGCCUGGGCUACCUGAUGGCCUGCUUCUACCUGCUGCUUUUUGGCACAGCCAUGUUGCGCAGACCCCUCCAGUCGCGCCUGGUGCUCUGGGACUGCCUGAUCAUCUACAACGUCAUGGUCAUCAUUAUCAAGAACUUGCUCGCGCUCCUGUCCUGCGUCUUCGUCCAACAAAUGCAGAACAACUUUUGCUGGGUGAUCCAGCUCUUCAGCCUGGCCUGCACCGUCAAGGGCUAUUACGACCCCAAGGCUCUGGACAAGAACCAGGACUGUGUGCUGCCGGUGGAAGAAGCGGGCAUCAUCUGGGAUAGCAUCUGCUUCUUUUUCCUACUCCUCCAGCGUCGGAUCUUCCUCAGCUACUACUUCUUACAUGUGGUGGCCGACCUCCAAGCUUCAGCCCUUCAAGCCUCCAGGGGCUUUGCACUUUACAAGGCCAGGAUGAUCAAGCGGAUGAGCUCCCACCAUCAAGCAGAGAAGAAGUCCUUAGUCCAGCUGAAGCGGCAGAUGGAGCGCAUCCGGACCAAGCAGGAAAAGUACCACCAAGGACAGCUCGCGGCAGACGACGAGGAGACCUCAGAGACAGACAAACCAGAAGCAGGCUCCAAGAAGGACCCUUCCCACCAGAAGAAACGCUGGUGGCGUCCGUGGCUUGACCACGCCGCAGUUGAGGGCAGCUCAGAGGUCCCAGCUCUGCUUUCCAGAGAGGAAGCAACUGCUCCUUUUAGGUUGGACAGAAGGACUGUGGGAAGCCGGGGACACUACAGUGUUUUGCACUCGGGAGAUUAUUACUUGUUUGAGACGGACAGCGAAGAAGACGAGGACUCUGUCCUGGAUGAUCAGAAGCCGCCCAAGCAAAGCGCCUUCCAGCUGGCGUACCAGGCCUGGGUGACCAACACCAAGUCCGCACUACACGAGCGAGAGAAGCAAGAGAAGCAAGAACAGGAGCUGGAGGAGGCAAAAGGGGAAGGCAGCAAAGGGGAAAUUGGGCACGGGCAACUAAAGGACAGGACCAGCAGCCAGGAGGAAGAGGAAGAAGAGGGAGAAGAAGAAGAGGAGGAGGAGGAAGAGGAAGCAGUUCCAGAGAAGAGUAAUGUGGUGCAGCGGGUGCUGAACACGCUCCGCUUCCUCUGGGUGCUAUGCCAAGCCACAGUGGACGGUCUGACUCAGUGGCUGCGGGCGUUCACGAAAGACCAUGAACAGUUGUCCACCGUCCUGAGGCUGGAGAGAUACGUCCUCACACAACAGUUGGACCAGGCAGAGGAGGUUCAGAGGAACGUCUUGGACAGGUUGUACCAACCAGGGGCAGCAGACCAAACCUCGCUGGAUACCGCCUUGCCAGGAACAGUGGCAGGGUCUCCGGACAGCACAGCUUCCAGUGGAUACGAAGGAGCAGAGGUGCUUAGCACUGACACAACUGGCUACGAAACCCGAAGCGACAGCAACGAACGGAGUCCUGCCCUCGAUUCCCGGGAAAGCAUGGGACUCCUUCUUCCCAGCAGCUCCCAAGAACUCCUGGCGGACUCCAAGACCCGGCCCCGCACCGCCAGCGAGUUGCUACUGAGCAGGCAUGUCUCCUUUGAAGAGCUUGAUGAAUCGGAGCAGUUCUACCAUUCCCGGAACCGCUUUGUGAAGCUGCUGUUGGCCUGCUACCAUUUUGUGGCGGGCCAUUCGGACCUCUUGUGCUACUUCAUCAUCAUCCUCAACAACAUGGUGACGGCGUCGGUCAUUUCGGUGGUGCUGCCCAUCCUGGUCUUCCUUUGGGCCAUGCUAUCUAUCCCACGGCCCAGCAAGCGUUUCUGGAUGACGGCCAUUGUCUACACAGAGGUGAUGGUGGUGGUGAAGUAUCUCUUCCAAUUUGGAUUCUUCCCUUGGAACAGCUACAGCAUCUUGGUGCGCAAUGAAGCGAAGGCCUUUUUCCCACCGCGCAUCCUUGGCGUGGAGAAAACGGACAACUACAUCAAGUACGACCUGAUCCAGUUGAUGGCUCUGUUCUUCCAUCGUUCGCUGCUUCUGAGCUAUGGGUUGUGGGACCAUGAAGAAGAUGUCUUGGCCAAACAUCAUCCCGAGGCAGCAGAACCACUGACUUUGACAGCAAGUGGAGAGGGUCCCGAAGAGACUGCCACCCAGAUCCCUCCCGCCAAGAUGGAAACAGUGGUGAUUCAAGAAGUCGAACCUGAGGAAGCGACGUCCAAAGGGGGGAUCCGUUCUCGGUUCAGAAAGAAAAAGGAGAAGAAAAAGAAGGAAGAGAGCAAGGCUGUGGAAGAGGAACCAAAGGAAGCCUCCAACGAGCAAAGGCAGAAGCCAGAGACGGAGGAAGGAGAGGAGGAGGAGAAAUCGAGUCCUUCCCAGGGAAAGCUGAAGGCUGCUGGGCUGAGAGUGAAACGCUUCUUUGCUGCUGCCGCAGGAUGUGUUUUCCAGCCGGUGCGGCAAUUCUUCCAGGACAUUUUGCACAGCAAAUACCGAGCUGCCACAGACGUCUAUGCCCUCAUGUUCCUGGCCGAUGUGGUGGACUUCAUCAUCAUCAUCUUUGGUUUCUGGGCUUUUGGGAAACACUCAGCCGCGGCCGACAUCACCUCCUCGCUCUCGGAAGAUCAAGUCCCGCAGGCCUUCCUGGUGAUGCUGCUCAUCCAGUUCUCCACGAUGGUCAUCGACCGGGCCCUCUACCUGCGCAAGAGCGUCUUGGGGAAGCUCUCCUUCCAGGUCUUCUUGGUCUUCGGCAUCCAUGUCUGGAUGUUUUUCAUUUUGCCCGCCGUCACAGACAGGAUGUUUAACAUGAACACCGUGGCCCAGCUGUGGUACUUUGUGAAGUGCAUCUACUUUGCUCUGUCGGCAUAUCAGAUCCGCUGCGGCUACCCCACACGCAUCCUGGGCAACUUCCUCACCAAGAAGUACAACCAUCUCAACCUCUUCCUCUUCCAAGGUUUCCGGUUGGUUCCCUUCCUGGUAGAGCUCCGUGCCGUCAUGGACUGGGUCUGGACCGACACCACUUUGUCCCUGUCGAACUGGAUGUGCGUCGAAGACAUCUACGCCAACAUCUUCAUUAUCAAGUGCAGCCGCGAGACGGAGAAGAAAUACCCGCAGCCAAAAGGCCAGAAGAAGAAGAAGAUAGUCAAGUAUGGCAUGGGGGGCCUCAUCAUCCUCUUCCUCAUCUGCAUCAUCUGGUUCCCGCUCCUCUUCAUGUCGCUGGUGCGCUCCGUGGUCGGAGUGGUCAACCACCCCAUCGAUGUCACCGUCACCCUCAAACUUGGGGGGUAUGAGCCGCUCUUCACCAUGAGCGCCCAACAGCAGUCGAUUGAAGCCUUCACCCCCAAGGACUACGAAGCCUUGACCGACAAGUUUGUACGGCAGCCGGUGGCCAUGCAAUUCAUCACCCUCUACGGCUAUGAGGAUAUUGUGACAGCACGCAUAGAGGGCAAUUCGGGCUCGCUCUGGAGCAUCAGCCCACCCAGCCGGGAGCAGAUGCGGCAGGAGCUUCAGAAUGGCUCCUCCGACAUCACACUGCGCUUCACCUGGAAUUUCCAAAGGGACCUUGGCAAGGGAGGCACAGUGGAGUAUACCUCUGAGAAGCACACAAUGGAUCUGGAUCAAGGCAGCGCCAUGCGGAGAAGUUUGGCGGGGCUGCUGGGAGGCACCCACAAUGCCCCUGUGAGAGUUCCCCACCUCUUUCCUCCCUACAUCCGUGCCCCCAAUGGCCCCGAAGCCAAUCCGGUUGAACAGCUACUACCAGACGAUGAGGACAGCUAUUUGGACGUAGCGGUGCAGCUGAGGCGGCAACGGGUGGGCACCGGGAACAGCAGCGCCAGUUUUGUCGAGUGGUGGGUGAUCCAGCUGGCCGACUGCAAAGGGGAUUGCGACAUUCUGCCCAUGGUCAUUUUCAACGACAAAGUCAGUCCACCCAGCCUGGGCUUCCUGGCAGGAUAUGGGAUCAUGGGUCUCUACGUCUCCAUCGUGCUGGUGAUUGGCAAGUUUGUGCGAGGCUUCUUCAGUGAGAUCUCACACUCCAUCAUGUUCGAGGAGCUGCCUUGCGUUGACCGUAUCCUCAAAUUAUGCCACGACAUCUUCCUGGUCCGUGAGACAGGUGAGCUGGAGCUGGAGGAGGAACUGUACGCCAAGCUCAUCUUCCUGUACCGCUCGCCAGAGACCAUGAUCAAGUGGACGCGGGAGAAGGAAUGAAGGGAGGACAAGGUACUGAACUGGGCUCUCCAAAACCCACGAGGGGCGGUGCUAAUAAGGAACCAUCUUCUCCCCUCUUUCUCUCCCAGAGGAUUGACCUCAAUAUGGACCUGGUGAGGAUGCAGAGCUGAUCUGCAUAGGAUUUUCACCAACUUAGCUGCUGGACUCAAAUUCUGUCCCUUCCUCUUCUCCCUACCUGCCCCUUUGCUUACAGUUCAGUGGUGGGAGAACCCUCUUAGCCUCUGAGUUCUACCUAUAGCAUCACUGCCUUUGCAGAAGGGAGAGGAGAAAAUACUGUUACUUUUUUGAAACAGGUUAAGUACCUUUUCAUAUAUAUAUGGUGAGACGCAAACAGAUGCUUCCAUACCAAGCUCCCUGCUUGUUCCCUCUCACAACACAAGAGGGAGGCUAUGGUGUGGAUAUCCCCAUCCCAAAACAUCUGUAGGUUCACUGGGGGUGCAGAUGCAUCCUGCAGCUGACAAGCCCAGUGCCUUUGCACAGCAAUAAUCAGCUUGCACCCCCAUUCCCUGAUGUAAGGGUGCUGAAUUUCUGUCUCCACACUUCUUGUUCUCAUGUUGCCACAAACACUCCCUGCUAUACUGUACCUCCCACCCACCACCACUGUUGCCCAGCCUUGCCAUCCAAGUGCCACGGUUUAGGCGCCACUCAAGUGCCAGCUGCAGGAGGGGAAAGAGGUGGUUGGAAUCUAUAGACUUUUCUAAAAAGAGGUGAUUUUAUUUAUAGAGAUCUCUAUCAUAAAAAUAAAUAAAAAAGCUGUGAUUAUGAA